AUACCCCAUGAUACGAGCGCUUACAAGAUUUUAGAUAUCUUCAAGCCAGAUUUUGCCGUAGCUUGACCAAAAUACUAUUUUGUUUGGGACUUUUCGCAAAAUCAUUUGCAACGGUCUUUCGAGACUACGAGCGCAAUGGGAAGGUGCUCAAAAAGGUGAAGAUUUUCGGUGGACCACAUCUUCAUCAUUCUUAGUUUACAUACCAAAGGGGAUGUAUGUGCGACCAUUGACCGGACCUGUAAGAUAGUUGGCGUAGUUUCGCGACAUUAUGCUGUGAACCUGUUCACCGAGUUAUUGCAAGUGAAUUACUUAACUGAGGUCAUCAGGGAUCAUAUCUUUAUCUGAAAUUUUUGGGUGUUUAGAAUAUUUUGAUAGUCAUGACUGUGAUUAAGAGUGCGUCGGUGUUGAGUGUUUUAGUGAUUUUACUCGGUUUGUUGUGCGCUUCGACGGAAGGACAAUUGCAACUGAGUCGACUGCAGUAUUUUAUCAAUAAAAAUUUUAUCAAGUUCGGGAGAGCAAAUCAAACGAAAACUGUGCGGCAUGAUGGUGCACAAUUGUGGAAACUGCAUACACAGCAACUGUGGAGUAAGCCGUUGGUGAAACUGCAGUUGGAAUAUGGUGGUGAUGUGUGGAGCAUGAAUGAAGAUGGUAUCGAUAUUUAUUUCAAAGAAGAUGUAAUCGAUGAUGUUAAAGUUUAUCUUGAUGGAACCGAUAUUACUUACAAUAUCAUGAUUGACGAUAUCCAGCGAGCCAUCGAUGAAGCUAACACGCCGGUUAACAGUACCUCGGAGAAUGACCCACUGCAGGGAACAGGCGUGAACAUGAGUUGGAACCAAUAUCACAGUUUCGAAGACAUGAAUGAUUUCUUCUUUUACUUAUUGGAAUACUUCCCCGAUAUAUGCAGUAUCAUGAGCAUUGGCCGCUCAGCUGAGAAGCGGGAAAUAAAGAUGAUACGAAUUUCAAAUCACAACCCAGAAAACAGAGCAGUUCUCAUUGAUGCAGGGAUGCAAGGUCGCGAAUGGAUAGGACCAGCAGCAUUGACAUAUGUCAUGCAAAAAAUGGCUCUGAACUGGAGAAAGAUGCCCCCAAGUGUCAAAAGUAUUGACUGGUAUUUCGUGCCCAUGAUGAACCCCGACGGUUACGAAUACUCCCGUAAUGUCGAUCGGUUUUGGUCCAAAAACCGACGCGUUCAAGAUGGAUGCUUAGGUGUCAAUUUGGAUAGAAACUUUGAUUACAGCUGGGGCGGUAAAGGUAGUUCCGGCGAACCAUGCUCACGGUACUUUCGUGGUCCUGAAAAAUUUUCCGAACCAGAAACACGAGCGAUCCGUAACAUCCUUCUGAAAAUGAAAGGCUAUAUUAGUGCUUACAUAUCGAUUGGUGGAUACGGUCAAUUUCUGGCAUAUCCCUGGGGUGAUGAGGACUAUGUACCUGGCAACUAUGAGGAGAUGCACUAUGUGGCGAAACGCGCACUAAGGAAUAUGCAAAAAGUCGUUGGAACAGAGUACAAAACAGGAUCUUCAUACUCCUUACAAUUCGCUCGUGCUGGAAAUUCAGCUGACUGGGUUUUGCAUACAUUAAACAUUAACUUUGUAUACAACUUAAUGCUAAGAGACCAAGGACAACAUGGAUAUAUUCUGCCGUCAGCAAUGAUUGAAGAUUCCGGAGAGGAGGCGUUCGCGACGGCAAAAACAAUUGCAGAGCGUAUAUACAGGGUUCAGCUUUACGGAGAGAGUCCAGCGACCAACUACGAACAAAAUCACACCUAUGAGUAUUAGUAAAAUCUAGAAUAUGUUUAUCUAUAGCAUAGAGUAAGUAGUUCUAGGUGAAUACCGUAUUUGGAUCAGAAUUAUGAUCAGGAGUUUAAAUAUUCCUGGGAAUGUAAAUGAAUUGAGAAUAAUCCUCUCACAGAGGAUGUGUGAAGCCAGAAAGUUACUUCUGCGAUCUCUUGGAUCUCCGCACGAAAAUAUAUAUUUCUAAUCGAAACUGCUCGUUUAAGGGUUGUAAUGUUGUUGGUUCCUAUUAUAAACCAUUUUCGAGAAAAUUACGGUGAUUCUAAUGACCUGAUAAUUUGACUUAUAAUUUUGAUCCAACUGGGUAUGUUUUAAUUAAGAGUAAUUUAUUCAAUAGCUUAAUAAUUUAUAAAUUAUGUAGAUCAGAUACUCUGAAGUAUUUUCAAUAUAGAAAAGAUUCAA